AUGAACCUGACGGGACUGGCAGAGUGCGGAGCAUGUCUGAGACGCAAGAAUGUCCCCCCUGUGUGCGUAUAUGCGCCGCAACCAUCACCUCUCAUGUUCAGUCCAACUCCCAGACCACCCACAACUGAGACGGGUGAUACCUCAGCUCCUGGCUCCAGUCACUGCAGGGACAAGGAGGAACCAACCAUGGCUGACGACGAGGCUGGCGCCGGGGGCGGCCGGAAUUGGAUCUUGACAGCUGGGCUGCUCGCGGCCUCCAACUCUACCAACUUCUUCAACACCGUCUUCCGGGAGUCGCCAACUACUAACCCAACUCCGAGCGACACCCUCAUAGACGACGCUGCGCCCGAAAUCAGAGAAGACCGAGCGGCGGUCGACAGACAGUGUGUAGGUCUUCCUGCGACACGCCCAAGGGGUGUACACUCGGCCGACUACGUCCUUCCGAGCCGCCCCGUCGCUGAUACCCUGGUCGAUCGUUUCUUCAGGGACGCCUACAUCCAUUGGAUCGACCGAUUGAAAUUUAUGCGCUGGUAUGACAACCUAUGGGCGGCCGAGGACAAGCUUGCGCUAGACAGCGUGGAGGAGCAGAUUCACUUUGCCAACCUCAACGUCAUCUUCGCACUUGUGUACCAAUCCAAGUCGGAAGAUUUGGCAGAAGACCAAGGCCUGCUGGCUCAGACAUAUUUUCUUCGUGCCCAGAAGCUGCUACGGCUGUGUCUACUGGAUCUCAAUCGCAUGGACCUGCUCUGGACGUUGCUCCUGCUUACUCAGUGGUUUCAGGGCGUCAAUGACGUGCGCGGAUGCACCUCGUUGGUCGGCCUCUGCAUCCUGAUUGCCCGCAAUCUUGGCCUACACAAGGCCGAUAGUAUUGACCGUAUGCCGGACCAGUAUCGGCGAGAGAUUGGGCGACGGGCUUGGCAUGGCUGUAUUCUGUUGGACCGCAUCACCGCCAUGACGUCAGGUCAACCGCUGCAGAUUUCCCAGGACAUGGCCAAAGGCGCGCAGCUCUUUUCGGCUAUUGAUGACGAAUACUUGAACACGAGGCCAAGUACGGUGGUCGCUCCUGGUGUCCAGCCGCCCGGGAAGCCCUCCGGCGUCUCAUUCUUCCUCGCCUUCUGCCAACUCCAUCUCAUUCUCGGGGACGUAUUGGACCAUCAAGACAGGGUUCGACACGACGACAAGACAUUUGUCGACAUCAAUCACAUCGUAGACAUAGACGGCAAACUUGACGGCUUCCGCCAGGGUCUCCCACACCACCUACACAUCAGUGAUAAGCUGACGGAAACAUAUCAUCAAAGGGGCGACUCGGCCUUCACUGGGCCCAUGUUCCAUCUACACGUGCGCUUUCUACAUAUCCGCAUCCUACUGUACCGUAUCUUCUUCUUGCAUGCAGCGAGACGAUUGAAACAUUCCGCCACCGGGCCCGCGAACUCCGGCUCCUUCGUGGACGCCGUGACACACCAAGGCAUGCUCACCUGUGUUCGCACGGCGCAGGAGAUCCUCGACCUGAUCCGGACGUGUCUCUCCCUCGAGGGGCAGAGCCCGCACGUCGUGCUACCAUGGUGGCACAUAGUGACAUACGUUUACACGGCCGCGACUGUUCUUAUUGCGGCACAUAUCUUCCCCGAAGUGGUAGAAGAGUUCACAACAGCGAACCUGGCGGCCUCUAUUCAAACGGGGCAGCACAUCUUGAUCCACCACACUCGGCAUGCCGAGUCUGCACGACGCUGCAAAAGUGCCUUGACCGUCCUAUGCGACCAGUAUGUCACAAACCGACCUGGUAAUCACCAUUCACCACGACCAUCACAACAAGGACCACCGGGCGCAACCAACAUAAGCGAGCUCCCAUCCGCCACUUGGAACCUAAAUCCCGACGCCUCAUUCGAUGGAGUAGGGCUGCCGGUCGAUUGUGUACGUGAUUUUACAGUCGCGUCUGACCUGUUCCGUGGCGAUGAAAUAGAGUCUCUUUUGUUCUUCAAUACGGAUCUUUGGGGCCAGGAAAUGGGUGCAUGA